CCUUUUUGAUCCAUUCAAAAAUUACUCAUUGCAAAUUCCCGGACAGCUCAGAAAGGAGAAGCCGGGGGGCGGAGGACAGAGGAGGCUGCAGAGGCGCAGUGUUGGGACUCCCAGACACAGCGGGCUGAGGUCGGUCCCACUGAAGCAGCCGGCCCGCGCCGAUCUCUGGUGGCCUCUCCAGGAAGCGUCAGUCUCCGCCCGAGGAGCUGGGAGCACCACCCCCGCCGUCCUCCCGGGACCCUCAGCUCCGACGCGCCGGCGAUGGGCGGCCGCUGAGCGGGCACUCGGCACCGUGACCCUAGCCCUCGGUAUGGCCGCACGCGAGGAGCUGUACAGCAAAGUCACCCCGCGCAGGGACCGCCUGCAGCGCCCGGGCACCGUCAAGCAUGGGUCGGCGCUGGACGUGCUUCUGUCCAUGGGCUUUCCCCGCGCCCGUGCACAAAAAGCUCUGGCAUCCACAGGAGGAAGAAGUGUUCAAGCAGCAUGUGACUGGUUGUUCUCCCAUGUCGGUGACCCCUUCCUGGAUGACCCCCUGCCUCGGGAGUAUGUCCUCUACCUCCGCCCAACCGGCCCGUUAGCCCAGAAGCUUUCUGACUUCUGGCAGCAAUCCAAGCAGAUCUGUGGGAAGAACAAGGCCCACAACAUCUUCCCUCACAUCACCCUCUGCCAGUUUUUCAUGUGCGAGGACAGCAAGGUAGAUGCGCUGGGAGAGGCCCUGCAGACUACCGUCAGUCGCUGGAAAUGUAAGUUCUCCGCCCCACUGCCCCUGGAGCUCUAUACCUCCUCCAACUUCAUCGGGCUCUUCGUCAAAGAAGACAGCGCAGAGGUCCUCAAGAAGUUCGCGGCUGACUUUGCCGCAGAGGCUGCCUCCAAAACGGAAGUUCAUGUGGAGCCUCAUAAGAAACAGCUGCAUGUGACCCUGGCAUACCACUUCCAAGCCAGCCACCUACCCACUCUGGAGAAACUCGCCCAGAACAUCGAUGUCAAGCUAGGGUGUGACUGGGUAGCCACCAUAUUCUCUCGGGAUAUCCGGUUUGCUAACCAUGAGACGUUACAGGUGAUCUACCCCUAUUCCCCUCAGAAUGAUGAUGAGCUAGAGUUGGUCCCUGGGGAUUUCAUCUUCAUGUCUCCCAUGGAACAGACCAGCACCAGCGAGGGCUGGAUUUAUGGCACCUCACUGACCACCGGCUGCUCUGGGCUACUUCCUGAGAACUACAUUACCAAGGCUGAUGAGUGUAGCACCUGGAUCUUCCAUGGUUCCUACUCCAUCUUAAAUACGCUGUCACCCAGCUCUCUCACAUUUGGUGAUGGAGUGUUAGAGAGGCGGCAGUAUGAGGACCAAGGACUUGGGGAGACAACGCCUCUCACCAUCAUCUGCCAGCCCAUGCAGCCCCUGAGAGUCAACAGUCAGCCCGGGCCCCAGAAGCGAUGCCUCUUUGUGUGUCGGCACGGGGAGAGGAUGGAUGUUGUAUUCGGGAAGUACUGGCUAUCCCAGUGCUUUGAUGCCAAAGGCCGCUACAUACGCACCAACCUGAACAUGCCUCACAGCUUACCUCAGCGGAGCGGCGGUUUCCGGGACUAUGAGAAAGAUGCUCCAAUCACUGUGUUUGGGUGUAUGCAAGCAAGGCUAGUGGGUGAAGCCUUGUUAGAAAGUAACACCGUUAUUGAUCACGUUUAUUGCUCUCCAUCCCUACGCUGCGUUCAGACUGCACAUAAUAUAUUGAAAGGUUUACAACAAGACAAUCACUUGAAGAUUCGGGUCGAGCCGGGCUUAUUUGAAUGGACAAAAUGGGUUGCUGGGAGCACGUUACCGGCAUGGAUACCUCCAUCAGAGUUAGCUGCAGCCAACCUGAGUGUUGAUACAACCUACAGACCUCACAUUCCAGUCAGCAAAUUGGUGAUUUCCGAAUCCUAUGACAGCUACAUUAGUAGAAGUUUCCAGGUGACGAAAGAGAUAAUAAGCGAAUGUAAAAACAAAGGAAAUAACAUUCUGAUUGUGGCCCAUGCAUCUUCCCUCGAAGCCUGUACCUGUCAACUCCAAGGCCUGUCCCCUCAGAACUCCAAGGACUUUGUACAAAUGGUCCGGAAGAUCCCAUACCUAGGCUUCUGUUCCUGCGAAGAAUUGGGAGAAACUGGAAUAUGGCAGCUGACAGACCCGCCUAUCCUCCCCCUUACCCAUGGACCCACUGGGGGCUUCAACUGGAGAGAGACCUUGCUACAAGAAUAAGCUGCCUGAGUGAUGGGAAGAACUAGCUUAUUGUAGAUGAGUCCUCAGGAUGUUCAGUAGCAGUGGAAAAGUCCACACUGCAUUCAAAGUGGACAGCUCAGAAUCAUUUAGCAUAUUUCUUUUCACGCUUAGGGGGUCUUAACGUGAGACUGCAUCAAUGCAAGGCAUGAUUCAGAAGGAGAAAACAAAACUCAUAUUCUCUGGACUUGCCUAGCUAACAUGGCUUUGGAGAACUGUCUUCCUAAGCUGGGGCACCUGCUGCAGCAGAGACCACCACCCUUCUUCAGGCUAUGCAUGGCUAAAGAGCCUCACUCUUCUCCCAGAGAGCUGCCCCCACCCUCAGGAGACAUGCAAGGGGAAGGUCUGUGUCUCCAAUCCUACUGGGGAUGGGAUAGUCUUUUGUACUUCAUUUGCAAGUUAGGCAAAGCCACGCUGUGGAGUGCUUUGGUCGUUAUUAGAAACCAGAAGAGUAGUCCUUGGGUCAUAGAGCAGAGUCCACCCCCAGAGACUCCAUUCACUAGUGUGCAAAGCAUCUGCUUAAGGACUCCAGCAUUCACACUGGUACCACCACUCCAUCUCCAGAGCAGCCUGGCCCUUCAUGCUUCUAUCUGUGAAAUCGGGAGAGAAGCACCUUUGCUCUCCAAAGCACUUUGAGAUACUCAGGGGGAAAUAAAGAAAGUGGGUGAAGUAUUGAAUGGGAGUUACAGAAACUUGCAGAAUAUUAAUCAAGUUGAAAUUACCCCUAUGAUAGCCGGAUGAGCUGUGAAAUCCCUCAGCCAGUCUGAGUCAAGAUUUGUCUUUCCACCCAGGCUCUAGACUGUGUUAAGUGGUUAAGGAGGUUGAGAUCUGGAAGAAUAUGUGUUCGAUUUUUUUUUUUUUUUUGAUCAGCAAGAAAUUCCUUCUGUGCAAUAUGGAUAUUUCUCGAAGCUAUACUGAGGGUCGAGUUGUACACAUACAGUCUGUGUUGGCUGUGGAGGAGCAUCCAUAGGUAAACCAGUUCUUUAAGGUUGUUUAAGGAAGUCAGGGGACUGACUUGAGUGAUGGCAGUCAUGGCUGCGUUGCUCCUUUGGCUGUCCUUAUUUGCUUUUCUGUGAUAAUUUAAAAUAGAUGGAAGGUAGGGCUGCUUGAAGGGAGUUGAGAGUCACAGCCUGUCUGUGGACUCUCUUCACACCUACUUCAUGUAUUUAGAGAGAGUGUGUGUAUUUAAAAAAAAGAAUAAAUGACAAUCAAACCAAAAUGUCACUUAUCCAUGUCUAUUUAAUUGUGUGAAUAGCCACUAGGUCCACAGACAGCAGCCUGGUGUGAGAGAGUUCACUGUAAGGCAGAGAAAUAUGUCAUCUGUUUUACAGCUUGAUAAAUAAGCUAUGAUUUUUGCUAGUAUGGAAAGAACUUGGGCCCAGCUUCCAGAAUGGAUGUAAUUCUAUGGUGACACAUCAAUAUCUUAGAACAUCUUGGAGGAGAGACUCCGAUUAGAAGUCUCAGAGGGGAAGUUACAGUGCAGCCACUGUAAUGUCCUUGUCACUUAUUCUUCUGGUGUUUGUACUGACAUGAACCCACCAUUCACUCAUAUCCAAAAUGAUUCACCACUGCCUCUCCAGACUGGGCACUCCAAGCAGAUCAUCAGAUUUCUUUGACACUACGAAGAAUUGUCUGUGCGUGUAAAAAAAAAAAAAAAAAAAAAAAAAAACAGUCCCUGCUAGGCUCUCCCCUCUGUCUCUCUCAGUUGUCUUAGUUUUAAGUGUCUAGGUAGAAGACUCACUUUGAUUGGGCCACAUCCCAUUGUCCUUAAUGCAAUAUAGACAGAGUCCUGGGUGAUUUUUGACAGAGCCAAAGGGAGCAGCAUCUGAAGUCAGUUUCUGGAAAAAACUCUUGAGUACAGAAAAGUUUAAUUAUCCAAAUUGCUUAUCAAAUUGGCUGGGUGAUCUGUAUUCUGUUAACAUUGCAUGCUUGCCUACUUUAAAAAAAAAAAUUAAACAUUGGGCCCAGCUGGGUGAUCCUUUAAAUCACAUAGAAUCUGUGUGUAAAGAAACAUCUCUGUCAUCCCAUUUCAUGUGCAUACAGAAGUUCUGUGCUGGCUGUGACCCUGAGUUGAGGCUAGUUCUGUUUGAUCUGCAGCUCAUGCUAAUUAGCUCAAAUGAUAUUUGGGAAAAGGAAUGAGUCGGCACAGGGCAAACAAAAAUAAUCAAAAGAAAAUUUUCGUGCCCCUCCUAUUUUUGUAAGUGUUGGAAAGCUAUCUGAUACCUGAAAAUCCACCAAGGGAAAUGAAUUACUAUGGUAUUACACAUCUAAACAGUGACCUGCUUUAACAAGUGUGCUCAUGCUGCAGUGUUAUUCCUGGGUAGGACUCUGUCCCUGUGAUUUCCUCUGUGGACCGACCGGAAUAAUUGGCGAAUGUUAAUGCACACACUGGGGCCGUCCUUUUCCCAGGCUCUCCUCGCCAUCACUGCUUGGCUAUGAGGAGCCCGUUGCUUCACCCCAGGGUGACAAUAGCAUUCAGAUAAGUGUGUCUUUCCCUUUGCAUUCAAAUUCAUGCAGUCUGAAUGGCUGAUUAAGUGGCCAUAUGAUAGCUGAGAGAAGACGUUAUUUUUUAAUCCCGUAGUGAACGGCCUGGGAGUCUUUCUACUUCUUAAUUAUACUUUAACCAAAGAAUUAUUUUAAAGUAACCUUAUAUUUGAAAGAUGAUUUUGCAAUAAAUAAUAAAUAAAUAAA